UUUUAAUUGUUGUUAAUGUAUGUAACUGUCACACUCGAACAAAAACAUAUAUAUUAUAUACAUACAUUCACUACUCGAUCAACUAUACAAACUGAAAUGAAUUCCAGGGGUAAACUGCAACAUGACUCCCCACCUAGUUCAGCUGUUUCCUCGGUCUCCGUUGUCUCUGGGGACAUGGAAAUCAGUAAACAGAGACGGAGACAUGAAGCCAUCAUGAAAGCCAGGAAAAGAAACAUGGUAGCAAAAAGUUUACUUCAAGAUAAAAUUCACCGUAUCCAUCAAAAUCAAAAACUACAUUUCAAACAGUUAUCAAAAGAGAAGCGGUUACUCGAAGAAGAGUUGGAUAAAACUGAAGCCAAAAAUACAGCGGUGUCCUAUCUACCGUCCAUUUUUCCUGGUUCGUCUUUAACGUCGACUGUUUCUACCGCUUCAAUCAACACCAUGGACCCAUGCACAAGUUGUAUGUUCGGAACAACUAAAACAAUACGAUGUCAAAACUUUCCAUGUUGUCUUCCCGAAACAUACCACACCAUUGGAGGACAAAAUCUGCCUACAUCUUACUCUAAACUUAGCAACUACCGUGAAUUACAGAGGAGGAGCAGUGACAUACGACCUCCGACGUCGCAUCGGCGCAGGGUUCUCACAACGGAAAAUAACGAAGAUAUCCGAUCACCCAGAAAAUCUGUCGACGAUAAAAUACGUGGUUUGAACUAUCUUAUCCGUGAGUUGAGGGAAGAGCAUGAGAAAAACAAACCUAUAAACUGGUCUACAAAUUAUGGUGAACCUUUUCCAAAAAGACUUUUGUUAAGACCAGCUGUUCCAUUAUCAUUGUAACAAUCAAUAAAUUCUUGACUAUACAUUGACGCCGUCUUGAAAAAAAAUAUUACAUUUAUGAAUUAACUGUUAUUUAUAAUUAUAGUGCAAUUUACUCCGUCUUUUUUUUUCUUUCUUGUCAACUCUGAUUUGGUCUACUAUAUUCUCUUUUUUACUCCCC